AUGUCCACUGUCGAUCUAUCAAAGGCCCUCGGCUACAAAAGUCCUCCAACAAAGGUCGUCUUCAAUACCCGCGACUACCUCCUCUACGCCCUCUCCAUCGGCAUCCACUCCGAAGAACUCCAAUUCCUCUACGAGAACCACCCCCAAUUCGCCGCCUUCCCCACCUACCCCCUCGUCCUAGCAUUCAAACGAGACAACAACGGCGUCUCAGUCUACGACGGAGCCGGAUCAGAUGCCAUCCCGGGCAUUCCACCCUUUGACCCCAAUACUGUCGUUCAUGGUGAACAGUCCUUGGAGGUUCAUCGCCCUUUGCCGGUGGAGGGCGCGGAGGGGUUUGAGUUGCAGAGUACGGUGACAGGGGUGUACGAUAAGGGGAAGGGGAUGGUCAUCGAACGAACAGCUCAGUUGGUUGAUCCGAAGGAUGUUUCGAGACCCUAUGCGACGAUGAUGGGGUCUGCGUUUGUGAGAGGGAGUGGUGGAUGGGGAGGACCGCGUGGACCUGCGGAUAGUGCUUCUGGUGGGAAGAAAUCAGAGUCGUUGGAUCCUCCUAAGGAUAGAACCCCUGACCGUGUCUCUGAGGACUCGACACAUGCUGACCAGGCCAUCCUCUACCGUCUCUCUGGCGACUACAACCCGCUCCAUAUCGACCCCGAGAUUGCCCCAAUGGUGGGACUUGAACGCCCGAUCCUCCACGGUCUCUGCACUUACGGUCACUCAGCCCACGCAAUCCUCAAAACGUACGGAGGAUCUGACCCGCGCGCUUUCAAGUCCAUCACGGGUCGUUUCUCGGCCCCUGUCCUCCCUGGUGACACCCUUGUCACCAAGAUGUGGAACGUUCCUACUACUCCUGAGAACAAAGGGCAGACAAGGAUCCUCUUCCAGACAUACGCCAAAGAGCGGAACCUGCUUGUCAUCCACAGUGGAUGUGUCAUCCUCCAGGACCCUUCACCCCAGACACACAGCAAGUUAUGA